AUGGAAAAAACGCCCCUCAAUAGCAGCCAUAAUCCUCCCAUGGCUAACAACUCACCGCUAGAAGCCUGCUGCCUUACUUUGGCCUCAAUUUUAGGGUCAGACAAAAUCUCGUUCCCGAAAACGACUGCAUAUGAAGCGUCCCAAAAGUCGUAUUUUGCCCAGCAGAACAGCGAUCUGCAGCCGUCCUGCGUGGUGUCCCCGGACUCAGCUGAAGAUGUUUCCAAUAUAAUUACCAGCCUGGUGACAACCGUGUCAGCUCUGCCCGGGCACGAGCAAGCCAGAUGCCAAUUUGCCAUCCGGUCCGGCGGGCACAACUCCUUCGGGGGAGCGUCGAACAUCCAGCACGGCAUCACCAUUGACCUGCGCGCUCUCAACACCAUCAAGGUCCUGGCUCCGUCCACGGACAAUGGUAAUAAACAGACCGUCUUCGUCGGAGCAGGUGCUACGUGGGGAGAUGUCUAUGCCCACCUCGACCCGCUGUGUCUCUCGGUAGCGGGCGGCCGCGCCGCCCAGGUCGGGGUUGGCGGACUGACGCUCGGGGGCGGCAUGUCGUAUUUCUCACCCCGUUACGGGUGGACGUGCGAUAGCAUGGUCGGCGUGGAGAUAGUUCUGGCCAAUGGGACGAUUGCGCAUUGGGAUGAGGAAACACAUCAUCCAGAGUGGCUGGCAGCGCUGCGCGGGGGUGGGAACAGUAACUUUGGGAUUAUAACAGGCUUUUAUCUGCGGGUCUUCCCGCAGGGUCCUAUCUAUGGCGGGUCUAUCUAUUGCAGCACAGACACCAUCGAUGCCCAACUACGCGCGUUUGCGGAGCUGGCUGAUCCCAAAGCAGUGAGCCACUAUGAUGAGAAUGCCUCGUUGAUCACCAGUUUUGGAUUUGCGGGAGGCAAGGGGGCCGCUGUGGUGAACAGCAUUGUGUAUACCGGGAAGCUGGAGAAGGCCAAGAAGAAUGGAGAAGAUAGCCAGCAGCCACCAUCCCCACCAGCUGUGUACAAUGCCUUCUUUGAUAUCCCGCAGUUAUUCAGCACAGUGCGUGUAGCCCCGGUAUACGAGAUAUCCCUGGAGCAAGGGUCCUUUUCACAAAACGGGAAACGACAGCUAAGCGUAGUGACGACCCACGACGCGACCGUGCCCAUGUUGAAAGCGACCUAUGUCCGGUGGAAUACCAGUCUGACAGCCGUGCAAGAUGUGCCGGGCAUCGUGUGGUCAAUAUCCCUGGAGCCACUACCCGCUGCAAUCUACGCGCGGGCGCCUAAGGGGCACAAUGUGAUGGGACUGCCGUCUGACUCCGAGAAAGCACUCGUGGUUACUCUACUGAGCGCCACCUGGGAUAAUGCGGCUGAUGACACACGCGUGGAGGAAACUGCUAAAUCACUGUUUGCAGGUAUUGAGGCGGAUGCACAUGAGUUGAAUGCAUAUCAUCCAUUUGUCUAUUUGAACUACGCGGCACAGUGGCAGGAUCCGAUCGCCAGUUAUGGGCCGGAGAAUGUCGCGCGUUUGCGGCAGAUCAGCCGUGAAGUCGAUCCCACGGGAGUGUUUCAGAGAUUGGUGCCGGGAGGGUUUAAGAUUCCGCAGUGA